CGAACGCGGUCCCGCCCGGCGCCUUCGUCCGCGAGCGGUCCCCGGAGCGCGGCCCGGCAGAGCUCGCGGGCGCGGGGCGCGGGGCGCUGGGCGCGGAGCUACCGACGGCGCGGCCGCGCUGCCUGCACCCGGCUCCGCCCUGCCAACCGCGGCCUCGCCCCAGCCCGCGGGGACCGCGAGGCCCCACUCUGUCCCGCUCCGUCCCCGCUCCGUCCCCGCUCCGUCCCCACUCCGUCCCCGCUGCCGACCCCCGGCGAUGCCUCCCGGUGCCGCCUGGGCGCUGCUCUUGGCGGCGGCCCUGGGGCUCGGGGCGCGAGGAGUGCACGGCGCGGUGGCGCUGGCCGACUUCUACCCGUUCGGCGCGGAGCACGGAGACGCUGUCACCCCCAAGCAGGACGACGGCGGCUCUGGGCUGCGGCCGCUCUCCGUGCCCUUCCCGUUCUUCGGCGCCGAGCACUCCGGACUUUACGUGAACAACAACGGGAUCAUCUCCUUCCUGAAGGAGGUCUCCCAGUUCACCCCGGUGGCCUUCCCCAUCGCCAAGGACCGCUGCGUGGUGGCUGCCUUCUGGGCGGAUGUGGACAACCGGCGUGCAGGUGACGUGUACUACCGGGAAGCCACCGACCUGGCCACGCUGCGCAGAGCCACGGAGGACAUCAAACGCUACUUCCCCGAGCUGCCAGACUUCUCCGCCACCUGGGCGUUCAUCGCCACCUGGUACCGCGUGACCUUCUUUGGAGGCAGCUCCUCCUCCCCCGUGAACACGUUCCAGACGGUGCUCAUCACGGACGGCAAGUUCUCUUUCACCAUCUUCAACUACGAGUCCGUCACGUGGACCACAGGCACGCACGCCAGCAGCGGAGGUGACGCCACUGGCCUGGGGGGCAUCGCGGCCCAGGCCGGCUUCAACGCGGGAGACGGGCGGCGCUACUUCAGCAUCCCCGGCUCGCGCACCGCCGAUAUGGCCGACGUGGAGACCAGCACCAACGUGGGCGUGCCCGGGCGCUGGGCGUUCAGAAUCGAUGAUGCCCAGGUGCGCGUGGGGGGCUGCGCCCAUGCAACCUCCGUGUGUCUGGCCCUGCGCCCGUGCCUCAACGGCGGCAAGUGCAUUGACGACUGCGUCACCGGCAACCCCUCCUACACCUGCUCCUGCCUCUCGGGCUUCACGGGGAAGAGGUGCCAGCUGGACGUGAACGAGUGUGCUUCCCAGCCGUGUCAGAACGGCGGCACCUGCACGCAUGGCGUCAACAGCUUCAGCUGCCAGUGCCCGGCUGGCUUCGGGGGACCCACCUGUGAGACAGCACAGUCUCCGUGCGAUGCCAGAGCGUGCGCGAACGGCGGCCAGUGCCACCUGGUCAGCGGCUCCGCGGUGUGCGCGUGCCCGGCGGGCUACACGGGCGACGACUGCGAGACGAACCUGGACGAGUGCGCCUCCGGCCCGUGCCUGAACGGGGGCUCGUGCGUCGAUCUCGUGGGCCACUUCUCGUGCCUGUGCGCAGAGCCCUUCGAGGGACCGCGCUGCGAGGCAGGAAGCCCCCUAAUUCCCGACGCCUGCCUCUCGGCCCCUUGCCAGAAUGGGGGAACCUGUGUGGACGCGGACCAGGGCCACGUGUGCGAGUGCCCCGGAGGCUUCAUGGGCCCCGACUGCAGGGACAGAACCCCUGACAACUGUGAGUGCCGCAACGGUGGCAGAUGCCCGGGGGCCAACACCACCCACUGCGAGUGCCCCACAGGCUUCUUUGGGGACUUCUGUGAAUUUGAGGUCACGGCCACACCCUGCAACAUGAACUCCCAGUGCCCUGACGGCUACUGCAUGGAGUACGGGGGGAGCUACCUGUGCGUCUGCCACACCGACCACAACAUCAGCCACUCGCUGCCCUCGCCCUGCGACUCGGACCCCUGCUUCAAUGGAGGCUCCUGCGAGGCCCAUGAGGACUCCUACACCUGCGAGUGCCCGCGCGGGUUCCACGGCAGGCACUGCGAGAAAGCCCGGCCACGCCUGUGCAGCUCAGGGCCCUGCCGGAACGGGGGCACGUGCAAGGAGGCAGGCGGCGAGUACCAGUGCAGCUGCCCAUACCGCUUCACCGGGAGGCACUGCGAGAUUGGGAAGCCGGACUCGUGUGCCUCAGGCCCCUGUCACAAUGGCGGCACCUGCUUCCACUACAUCGGCAAGUACAAGUGUGACUGUCCCCCAGGCUUCUCCGGGCGGCACUGCGAGAUAGCCCCCUCCCCCUGCUUCCGGAGCCCCUGUGCGAACGGGGGCACCUGCGAGGACCUGGGUACAGAUUUCUCCUGCCGCUGCCGAGCAGGGUACACAGGACGCCGAUGCCAGGCAGAGGUGGACUGCGGCCCCCCUGAGGCGGUGAAGCACGCCACGCUUCGCUUCAACAGCACACGGCUGGGCUCCCUGGCACUGUACUCAUGCGACCAAGGCUACAGCCUGAGUACCCCCAGCCCCGUCCGGACCUGCCAGCUGCAAGGCGUCUGGAGCGAGCCUCCCCAGUGCCAUGAAAUCGACGAGUGCCAGUCCCAGCCGUGCCUGCAUGGGGGCUCCUGCCAGGACCGAGUCGCCGGGUACCUGUGCCUUUGCAGCCCUGGCCGUGAAGGAGCCCGCUGUGAGUUGGUGGAGCAGGCAGGUGCGAGGCAGAGGCCUGGCGGUCGUGGAAGCCUGUGCGGGCCCCUACGGGCCCAAGCAGCCCUGCGUGCUGUCUCUGGGGAGACGGACACGUGCAGAUAUGGAGGCUCCUGCAGGGACCUCCCAGGGGCCUUUGGGUGGACUCCCUGCAGGCCUCAGGGAGUCCACUGCAGGGCAGAGGUGGACGCCUGCGACUCCAGCCCCUGCCAGCACGGAGGCCGGUGCGAGAACGGCGGCGGGGCCUACCUGUGCGUCUGCCCGGAGGGCUCCUUCGGCCACCAUUGCGAGACAGUGAGUGACCCCUGCUUCUUCAGCCCCUGUGGGGGCCGUGGCUACUGCCUGGCCAGCAACGGGUCCCACAGCUGUACCUGCAAAGUGGGCUACACGGGCAAGGACUGUGCCAAAGAGCUCUUCCCACCAACGGCCCUCAAGGUGGACCGAGUGGAGGAGAGCGGGGUCUCCAUCUCCUGGCGCCCACCUGAAGGCCAGGCCGCCAGGCAGAUGCUGGACGGGUACGCAGUCACCUACGCCUCCUCCGACGGCUCCUUCCGCCGCACGGACUUUGUGGACCAGAGCCGCUCCUCCCACCAGCUGCGGGCCCUGGCGGCCGGCAGGGCCUACAACAUCUCCAUCUUCUCGGUCAAACGGAACACCAACCGGAACGACAUCAGCAGGCCCGUGGCACUGCUCGCCCACACGCGACCCCGCCCUGUCGAGGGCCUUGAGGUCACCAACGUGACGGCCAGCGCCAUCUCCGUGCGGUGGGCUCUGCACAGGACCCGCCACGCCACCGUCAGCGGUGUCCGUGUGUCCAUCCGCCAUCCCGAGGCCCCAGAGGACCAGUCCACCGAUGUGGACAGGAGUGUGGACACGUUCACAUUUGGGGCCCUGCUGCCUGGAAGGAGGUACACCAUCUGGGUGACCGCCCUCAGUGGGCUGGGGGGACAGGAGCACCCCACCGAGAGCCUGGCCUCCGCCCCACUGCGCGUGUGGACCCGGCCUCCGCCGCCAGCAAACCUGACCGCCGCCCGAGUCACGGCCACCUCUGCCCACAUGGUCUGGGACGCCCCCGCUCCGGACACUCCCCUGGAGGCAUACGUCAUCAACGUGACUACCAGCCAGAGCACCAAGAGCCGCUACAUCCCCAACGGGAGGCUGGUCUCCUACACGGUGCGGGACCUGCUGCCCGGGCGGCGGCACCAGCUCUCGGUGACGGCCGUGCAGGGCACGGAGGGCGGCGAGCUGCACAGCGAGCCCGCACACCUGUACAUCAUCACCUCCCCGAGGGACAGUGCUGACCGACGCUGGCAACGGGAAGGACUCCACCCGCGGGUGCUCAGAAACAGACCAGCCCCUGGGCGCCUGCCAGAGCUGCGUCUGCUCAACGACCGAGGGGCCCCCGAAACGCCCACCCAGGCGCCCAGGUUCUCGGAGCUCGUGGACAGCAGAGGACGAGUGAGCGCCCAGCUCAGUGGCUCCCCUGGCCAGUCAGUCCCCGCGAGACCACAGCCCACGGUGCCGCUGCAGCUGGACGACGCCCUCGAGCAGGCCAGCCUGGCCCCCCAGCUCCCCGAACGCGACAGCGACAAGGACGUGGGAAACGCCUCUGGGAACUGCACAGACAACCCCUGCCAGAAUGGAGGCACCUGCGUGCCGGGCGCGGACGCCCACAGCUGUGACUGCAGCCCAGGGUUCAAGGGCAGACACUGCGAGCUUGCCUGCAAGAAGCUGCCCCAGCCCUGCACUCGGCUGUUCUCAGAGACCAAGUCCCUGCCGGUCUGGGAGGGAGGCGUCUGCCACCACGUGUACAAGCGAGUCUACAAGGUGCACCGGGACGUCUGCUUCCGGGAGAGCUGCGAAAGCACCGGCGCCAGGAAAGCCCCACCCAGGAAACAGAGCAAUAGCCCAACACUGAAGACAGCCUAAGCUCCCAGACCCUUCUGGAAACUCGACCCCCUCUGACCCCAUCUCCCUGUGCACCAUCGGCCCGAGUCUCCACAGUCGCCUGCGAGACCGAGACCUCGAGGCCCCGCCACAGCCUGCGCCGGCUCCCCGCGGACCGAGCGCUCCUGCCAACUCGACGUCCCCGGGCAGCCGGACGGCUCACUGCUCGCACUCCCCACGCGCCCGUGCUGCGCGGCACGAGAGGGAGGGGCCGGGCCAUGCGCAGCCUCACACGACGGCCACGGUCACGGUGUGGCUGAGGAGCCUUCCUCGGGGGCCUUGGCCGGCAACGGAAGAGCCCUGCAGCUGUGGGCUCCCCCCACCCAGGCGGGACCUCGGGUGGGAAGCCCCCAGAGAGCCGUGGCCUCGGACAGCCGUCUGUCACCCAGGAAGCCACCCAGAGGCAUCGCCCUCCCCCCCCACUCCAAGGACUCCUGCCCGCCGAGCACGCACUCUGAGGCCCGCAAGCAGUCAGCACUGGAGUUAAGAACCCAUGAACAUGGUCUGGUUUAAAAUGUUGAUAUUGCAAUGCCACCUGAAAGAAUAUCGUUUUUAAAAAGCUGCUCAGCAAACCCACUUCUAUAAAGACAACCCAAAAACCUUCCACCAAUUAUGAAACACCAGCCUUUAGAACACUAACGCCUGACACGGCGGAGGGAACCAACAGGCAGGACACAGGACACACAGACACACACCCGAGGCCACCACGUAAGAACUCACCGCCUCGCAGAGUGACCGGGCAGCCAGCGCAGAGAAAGGUCAAGGGCAUCACCAAGUGGAGGAGCAGCCUGUGAUGCUGUUCAAAGGCCCCUCCCACUGGAGACCCAGCCUGUCCUCGACACACCAGCCCCACCUGCCUUCCGCCUCGGCCAGAGAAACCAGCAGCCACCCUUUCCCAAGGGAAGGUCACCGCCCUCCUCCUGCCCGAGAGCUCAAGGGUUCCAGGUGCUCUCGCUGCACGCCGUCCCCCCACAGGUCUCCAAGGCCCAGGGAGAUGAGGUCUGGAACCAGACUGACAAGGAAACCCUGAGUGGUAGGGGCCCGGGUGGAGUCUGUCCCCUCUGCGGCUUCUCUCCUCUGGCCUCCAUAAGACAGACGGCCGGGCUGGUCCUCUGGGACGGAGACCUCCAAGCCCCACACUGCCCUUGGCAGCUGAGCUGGAGCCCAGGCCACAUCUCCCCAGGGAACGCCUGUGCUGCGAACCAGCAGCCGCCACGGCAGGAGCCCUGGGUGAGCGAGGCCGUCAGCGGAAGCCUCAACAACAGCCAGCACCCAGUUCCAGGUUCCCAGUUCCACACCAGAGGCAGGAUCCUCCCUGAGACCCGACAGCCAGCUGUCACUGACCCACUGACCCUCUGCACAGCAGAGGGUGGGGCGGGGAGCAGGCCACCGCCCCUGGGGCCCCUCGCUGGGGGAGGCGAGGGCUCGUGCCCCCCACCGACCAGCCCAGCCAACUGUGAAGGAGGAAGUGUUGGUGCUCAGGCGGAGCCAGACACCCAGCCCACCACGUGUUCUGGGCGGGCCGGGCGGUGAGGACUGCUGGCUUUGUGGACCAGGCGGCCUCUGUGCCCACUCGGCACCCCCCUCAAGCGCAAACACAGCUGCAUGCGUGUGCCAGGACUGCUAAGGCCACGCCUCAGUGGAACCUGAUUCACAAAACAAGGCCACAUCCCCCGGGCCGUGCUCGGCUAACCCCACCCCAGCCGCCACAGCCUUCUGCAGAGAAAGCCGUCUGGAUGGCGAGUCACACCGUGGCAGCCAGGACCCUGCCCGGAGUGUCCUGGGAGCGCUUCACAAACUGCGCUUGCAGGCGCCUGGCCGCCCAGGCCUGAAAGACGAAGACACCUUCGGUGGGCAGGGCCAGAGGCUUGGGACCCUCUCAAACCAUGACUCAGGCCGCCGGGCAGCCAGCACCCUCCCUCACCUGGCGGCUCUCUGGCGGGCAGACGCAUGCCAUUGCCACCCACGGUCCAGCACCUUCUGAGCAGCUCUCCCUUCCCCUUGGCACGUGAGCUCACAGCCAAGGUCAGCCCAACCUCCACCUCCGAGGCACCGUGACAGGUGACCCCACUGGAACCGGAGCCCCUGUGCAUCCUCACCGAUGCUGCCCGAGGCAGCCUUACAGACACCGGAAGGGCUUUCCUCUCCCCUUUGUAAAGACGUUUCUUAAGGAAUUAGAGUAUAUUUUAGACUUCCUGUUUUUAUUAGAAUUGCGUGUGCAUAAUAUAUCUGUGUAUUACACAAGUUGUCCUUUUCAGAAAGGAGGAUUAGUGACUUUAAGAAGCCUUCUACUGUGCUCCAGCGUGUCCCUAACCUCAGGGUCACCCGAAGGGGAUGGCCGAGCCCCGUCUAGGGGCUCCGACCCACGACCACGACCACGGGCUGCUGACUCCUGCUGUGGCACUGGAACCUGUCGCUGUGCACCCCUGUGCGCCACAGCACCACUGCAAAGGGCGAGACCGAGUGGCGUCACUGGAAAAGUGGGUGAAGCUCUCUGCGACCACACGGACCGAGCCCCUCAGCCACGAGGCAAACGCUGACGCGCCCGGAUCUGGGCUCAGACGCGCUCGUUCCCGCGAGGCACGGUGACCCGGAUCCUGGGCGUGGUGCCGCGCGGUCCUACGGUUCACCCGCUUCGACGUUGUGCAAAUUAAGCAUCUCGAGAAAAGACUUCCUGGCAUUGCGGGAAACCACAGAUCACCCUGGCAACAGUCCAAGGGAGCUUUCACAAGUCUCCUUCGUCAAACGCCUUCCUCGAAAAUACUCACCGUCCACCCAAGGAAACCAGCAACCGUGGGUCAGAAAACCAUCGGGCAUACACGUUUAUUUCUGCCACAACGACGGGGUGACUGGGAGCUUCCGAGUCAGCCACCUGCGGACCAGGCUGGUGACCGGACCAUCCAGUCAGGCAUCGGUUUAGGGUCCUGCUCGGUCCCGUGCCGGUCACACGGGUGCCACAGAACGGACGGUGAGAGCACUGGCACACGGGGAGACGUCUUCCUUUUCCGUGGUUUUUGGCCGUGGCCAAGAAAGAGAAAGGCAAAGUGUCUCCUUUCCGCACGGGGCAUGGCUGUCACAGAGGGAAUGGAGCCACUCUGCCCUCAGGAGCCCAGUGGGCAAGGGCCACCCUGUGUCACCGACCUCCAGCACCUUUCCUUGGCUGGACCACCUCCCACUGGCUGACAGAGGCCACAAUGUCUAGCUCACAGGGGCAGAGGUCCCCUGAGCUAUUUGUGUUCUGCAAACAAUACCUUCCUUUUUGCAGUUGAAUGGGGAACCGGAGCCCUGGAACGCAUAAGCACGUGCCUCAGUUCAGCGCUGAACCCCCCGGAAAACGGGGCUCAGACCUGCUGACUGUGUCCCGGUGCACGGGGAAAGGAACGCUGGGCAGCGCCAGCCCAAGGAAGGGUGCCCAGAACGCCCACCAGCCUGGUCAGCACCAACCCUCCCCUGUCAUGGAGCUCAUGCCAUCAGGGCCGGGCCUUUGACCUCAAGGCCUCAAGUCGCUGCUCAGACUCACAGGGCUCCUGAGGGCACUUCUCCCUCUCCGGUGUCACGGAGAGCUCCCGGACUGCCACCCUGACCAGACCCCGGACCUGCCUGGCCCAGCCACAUUCAGAUGCUCCUCUCCUCUGGCAUCAGAUGCCCCCACAAAAGGAUGGGGCUGCCUGGCUGGGUCGGCUCCACGGCCCCUUCGGUUCCUGCGAGCCCCGAGCCAGCACUCCUAGCCGCCAGAGACGCCAGGCCCCGGUGUGGCCCACUGGCUAAGUGGGCGCGAACGCCAGGCUCCUGAGGCCGGGGGCAGGCCCGCCCCUCGGAGAGGGGCGCCCAGUGUCGCGCUGGCAGCAGCAGCUUUGCCACAUGAAGCCGACGAUCACGGACCCACGCCCCUGCUCCGCUGUACACUGAAUGCUAUUGGGAAGCAGCACUUCUGGAUUCAAUACACGAGUCUCUUUGGGAAAGCUUGCUACUUGUUUUCAUAAAAUAAAGUGCUGUGAUGU